CUACUUCAAUGGUAUUUGAAGAAAGAUGUUUUCUAUUCUGUUUUGUUUAUUAAUCAAUAAUGGCGGACACCAAUCAGUCAUCUGCUAAUAAAUCUCAAGAAAUGAAAACUGAAUUAAAUCGUAGCGCAAGUGGCGAACCACUUCCUGAUCCCAAAAGUAUCCAUGAUUUAACCCAAUAUGUGCAGAGUUUGCUGCAACAGAUGCAAGAUAAAUUUCAAAUUAUGUCUGAUCAGAUUCUUGCAAGGAUUGAUGAUAUGGGUCACCGCAUAGAUGAUUUAGAGAAAAACAUUGGUGAUUUAAUGACUCAAGCAGGUGUUGAAGAAGCAGACAAAUGACAACGAAAGGAGACCGAUUUUCAUUGGUCAUUUGAAUCAGAUAGUGAUCAGUAACAUCAACUGAUCACCACCAUCAUAAGACAUUUGCUAUUUGUUUUCAAAAGCUCUGAAGUCCCUCAUCUACCACAUCUUGUCCUGUGAAGUUUUGAAGCUGCAUAUAAACCCAUCCCUUUUCGAGUUUAUAAUGUUGUUAUUUUGUAUGUUAUUGUCACACUAGGUGUAUUUAAUCUUAAAUUAUUAUUCCAAAUGAUUGAAUUCAUUACACUUUAUGGAAUAUUUCAGUGAGUGUGCUUUUUGUAAAUGUUCAGAGUAUAUGCAUGAUACAAGUUUUGUUUAUAGAAUCUUGCAAUGAUGCCAAUAAAUCUUGAAUAAAUGUGGUUUUGAUCAAAACUUUAUAUGAUGAUUGUCUUGUGAAUAUAGUCGUAUCUCAAUUAAUAAACUGAUAUUAUAAUGUAUAUUAGUGUGUGUAAUUAUUAUUAUGAAAGAUUCAUGUAAUGAAGUAUGCUUGAUUUUCAUGUUCACCUCUGUUUAUACAUUUAUGUAUAACCUGACUUGUUUCAUGUGUGCAACGAUAGAAUUUAGUGAUUGCUUAUUCACUGACUUCCUGAGGGUGCUAGAAUUUUGAAAUAUUGUUAACAGUAACAAUGUUCUAAUUUAAUUAAAUAUGCAUGGUAGCCCUAUCUGUUAUUCAUUCAAGAAAAAUGGAAUUCAAAACUCUAUGAAGCUUAUAAUAAUGUAUUAUCAAUUAAAGACUAAAAAAAGACAAAGUAAUUAAAAUAAAAAUAUAUUAUAUUUUAGUAUAUAAAAACUGUUUCUAUUAAAUUUUUCCAGAUUAUUUCUAAAAGCUUUUUUACAGAAAAGUAAAAGAGUCAUAACUAUUUAAAUUUGUUGUUGAAUUGAUACAACAUAUAAUUUUGAUUUAUUAAAAUUCUUUUAUGUGUAAAUUAUAUGUAUUAAAAUGUGAACAAUUAUGUAAAAAUUUAUUUUUACAUUAACAUUUUUAUGUUCAAACAUGAAAGCUUUAGAAUUUUACUCUGUUGAUUAAUUUUACAUUCAUAUUCUCUUAUGAUGAAUAUAUUUGUUAUGAAUAAGCAAGACAGGAAUAACUUACUCCAUGCAUGGUUUUAGAGAAACAACAGAUUUUAAAGUAGUAACGCAAGAAUCAAUCAGUACCAACAUUCACGUUUUAAAAUGUAGCUGUUUUUGUAAAACAUUAAAAAAACCAUGUACAAUAUAUCUUUACAUUAAUUAUUGCAUUAUAAAUAGUCGUUUUGCACUGAGUUGCAGUUCCUUCACAUUUGCAUAGCAAACAGUAUUCAUUUGGGUAAAAUUCUCAAACUUCUCCAAAAAUUCAUAUAGUUUGUUUUUUACUGUGUAAUUGUCUUAACUGUCUUUUUUUUUUUUUAACUGAUUAAAAAGGAAAGCAUUAUUUACAUUUUCUUCUCUCACUAUUUCUGUUUCUUGAAAUUUCAUUUAAUCUUUAGUAAAGAUGAAGAAAUAGAUGAGGCAGAAUCAAAGUUGAAAAUGUAUUUUUAAGAUAUUUUCUAAACUUGUUAUGAUAUUAUGUAAUAUAGAACAAAUGUUAUUAUACUAUCAUUGAUCAUUAAAAAAAUUAUUACAUAUUUCAAACCAUUUUUUAUUCAAUUGCUUUUGCAUCAAAAUUGUAUUUAUGGUCUUUGUAAAGUACAAUUCAGCAUGCGUACUGUGACAGCAUUAUAGUACAUAGUACACACAGCAGCAUUGUUGUCAUAAUUUAGUUCAGCUACUUUGAAUUCUGGAUUUAUGGAAACCUAAAAAAAAGGAAAAAUUAUUUCAAUCAUUUCUAUAUAAGUGUAGUAAAAAUAAUUCUUUAUGAUGUAUCAUAGAUCAUAUUCCACUGUGAAUAAAUGUAUAAUAUGUAAAUUUUUAAAUAUUGCUUUUAUUUUGCUAUGACCAGAAAUGUCUCCAGAAAUAGAACCCUGUAAAAAUUAGCCACCUAUAACUCAAGGUCGUCAACAACAUAAUUAAUUACCACAUAUUCAGAUAUUUAACCACUUUGCACAAUUAGUUCAAUAAUUGCAAAUAAUUCUUAUUUAAAUUGCAUUCACCAUAAAUCAGUGAUGUAGAAAAAAGAUUAUUUCUACAUCACUGCAUCACAUUUAUAUGCUUAAAUUGUUUUCCUUAACAAUUUAUGUUAAGUCUUUGCAAAGUAAUAAAUAAAUAUCUAAAAAAAGUAGGUAAACACUGAGGGCUAUAAUAUCUAUGUAAGCCAGACAUUAUAGCCUUCAUUUUAUGAAAACCCUCCCUUUUUAAAGUAAGUGAACCAGUGAAUAAAAAAAAAAAUCUGUAUUGUGCUUUUUAGUUUUUCCAAAUUGUUAACUAGGGAAUUCUAAUAAAAGAUAACAUUUUACUAAAAACAACAGAUUUUAAAAUACCUUAAAUUUGUAUAUUCCGGGCUGCAGGUCUGUUAUGUCAACCCAUUGGCAGUCAACUGUGUGCAGAUAAGUAUCUGAACAUCCAACCGAUAUACCUUGAUCUCCAUAAUUGGCACAAGCAUAUCUUUUUUCUAUUCCAGGUAAACAGUUGUUGUCUUCUAGGCAAAAGCUUGCCUUGUGACCUUCAGCUACUUUUUCACCUCGAUUAUUGAUGACAUCAAAAUGAGCAAAAACCUCCAUACUGUGAUAAUGCCUGCACAGAAUAAAAUAAUUCAUGAAAGAAAUUCCAGUUCGUAAUUUCAAGCUGUAGAUGAAAUGCAAACCAAAAAAACUGAAUUGUUUAAAACAUGAAUUAUUAUAAUUCGUGUAAAACGGUAUUAUAAAAAUAGACUUGUUUCAGAUUUAAAUUCAAGAAAAGUUCUUUGCUGUGGUGGAAAUUAAUAGCCAUUUAAUGCAAGUUAUUCUUUUCAUAAGUUGAAAAAGAACGAUUUUAACAUAUAAAUUAAUCAUUUGUUUAAUUGACAAAUCCGCAAAAGUUGCUAUCUAACUCGAAUUUGAAGUUUCUUUUCAUUUCAUUGAUGUUCUAUGAAAUCAAUAUCCAGACAUCCAUUCGGUUAAUUCAAUUCCUCAAUAUAAAAAUGAAUUGGAACCUUUGACUUCGAAAUAGACAGCAAACCUUUCACAUCAGUGAUUGAGCUUUCUAUUUUAAAAUUCUAUUCUGUAAAAACAUUCUUAAAACGUGUGGAUAGCCUUCCUCAUAAGAGUAACAAUCAUUAUUGCAUCAAAGGAUGGACUCAAUCUUUGUUAGUAACUGACGCCUCCGAGGAUAUGCAGAGUAUAAAGACAUCCGGAUGCUUUCAGUUAUUUAGUGUAUAUAAUGUUAUACCUUGUUACAAUUCUAAUGCUUGUGCUAUUAAUGUGAAUAAUAAAAUUUACUGCAAUUUA